GCGGGAAGGCAGCGUCCAGCGCCCAGGACAGCGCCCAGCAGGGGGGGCUGGGCCUCCAGGCCAACCCUCGGGGGACACUUGACACCUUCUGUUUGGAGGGGCCGCCCGCCGCCCUUCGGAGCCCGAGCCGCGGCCCAGGCCGCGCAGUUGAGGGGGAACACCCGGCGGGCGCGGCUCGGCCUGGACUGCGCGGCCAUGGAGGAGCGGGAGGCACGGGCGGCGGCGGAGGACGAGACGGAGACGGAGGCGGCGGAGACGGAGGAGGAGGACACGGAGGCCGAGUCCGAGGCGGAGGCCGAGGCCAGGUUUUCAGGCCAGGAUGAAGAGGGCAAGACCAUGCAGGAGUGCAUCAUGUCCGAUCCCACCUUUUCCAUGGUGACGGUUCAACGGGAAGACAGUGGGAUAACCUGGGAGACCAGUUCAAGUAGAUCUUCUACUCCCUGGGUCUCAGAAGAGAGCCAGACUUCUGGCAUGUGUAGUCUGGAAGGGUCAAAUGUGAGUUCUCCUCCAGGAAGUGUUUCCUUUAUUGUGGAUGAAGUUAAAAAGGCUCGGAAAAGAACUCAUAAGUCAAAGCAUGGCUCACCAUCAUUGCGUCGGAAAGGCAGCAAAAAAAGAAAUUCUUUUGAGUUCCCAGAUGUUUCAGCAAACAAAAAAGACAGUUCUUUAACUUCAGAAAGCCAGGCAGUAAACACAGAGAAAGAGAAGUCAUCUCCUGGCCUCUAUGAUAAAUCAAGGAAAAAGAAGACCACCUCAAAUAUGCCUCCUAUUACUGGGGCAAUAUACAAAGAACACAAACCAUUAGUGUUAAGACCAGUCUACAUAGGAACUGUACAAUAUAAAAUUAAGAUGUUUAAUUCAGUUAAAGAAGAACUAAUUCCUCUGCAAUUUUAUGGAACAUUGCCAAAGGGUUAUGUCAUUAAAGAAAUACAUUACAGGAAAGGGAAAGAUGCAUCCAUUAGUCUAGAGCCAGAUUUGGACAAUCGUGGUUCUGACAUAGUUUCCAAAACAAGUAAAUUAGUCACCCAAAGCACGGAAGAUGGUAAAGUAGGAGAGCGUGGUACCCUCUGGAGAGGUACACUUUCCAAAGGAUCAGAGUCCCUGACCUCAUUAUUUGGUCAUGAUGAUGGAGAGAAAAUUGAUGCUGAGUCCUCCCUGAAAGGCACACCUGCAGCUGGGCCCGCAGCCUCCCACUACUUGAGUAACGACGCAGCCGCACCAGGGCUGCUGCUCAGAUCCCCACAGGCAAUGCCACAACAGCCAGGGCAAGAGUCAGAAGCCCAUGACGAGGGACCGUCUUCUCCCCCUCCUGAGGUAUCAGUGGCUGGGUCCCUGGAGACAGCAAAGGAAGAGUCUGAGGCUGAGGCAGAGGGAGCUGUCGGUUUGGAGAUGGACUCUUCAGUCUCCUCAGCCUUGGUAGGUGAGGUUAUGAAGGAAGUCAUGGCUUCUGCUGACCAUGCCAAGUCACUAGAGGCAGAGAAGGAUUUGUUGGGAACAGGUUCACUGGCUCUGUCACCACCUACCCAGGAAGCCCUUGAACCAGGCAAGGAAGAGCUACAGCUGGCUUCACUAGAAAAGAUGGAGCCAGCCUCUGGACACGUGGCCCCCACUCAUCCUGGUGUCCAAGGAGAGAAAGAGGAAACCGGGUUUAUGCCACCCAUUUCUCUUCAUGAGCCCCUCCUGUGCCAAGAACCAGAACAAGAAGAACUAGAAACUUCCCCACCAAUACCUGCUACUCCUGAACCUGAAGGUUCUGAUUUGGAAGAAGAGAUCAUAGAACUUGAUUACCCUGAAAGUCCAUUAGUUUCUGAGCAGCCCUUCCCAUCACGGCUGUCCCCUGAAGUGCUGCAUCACGAGGAGCCCACCCCUGCAUCGCUGACAAAAGCAGCACCUGACCAUGCCACUCUGUCUGAUGAUGAGAGAGAGGAAAUGGAGUCUGUUUCUCCUGACUCUGCUUUUGUGUCAGAGUACUCGGCCCCUCAGGAUUUGAACGAUGAACUAGAGAAGCAAGAAUCUAAGCCAGUUUCCCCAUCUAGCACAAAAGCCUUAUCUGAACAUGCAGCUUUGUCAGAGGGAGAGAACGAGGAGUUCAAGCCUCGCUCCCUGGCUGUGGCCUCAGCACCCGAGCACUCUCUCUCACCACCCACACCUGAGAAGCCUUCUGGAGGCCUGUCGCCGCUGUUUUCUGCAGUGCCUUCAGAGCACCUGGUCUUUUCAGGAGGUGAGGCCUCGGAAAGUGAACGUCACACACCAGAUUCCACGUCUGUUUCAGAACAUUCAGUUCCCUUGCAUGAAGUGCAAGAGUCACUGAAAGAAACAUUUGACAAGUCCCCAUUAAAAUCUAAAGGUGUUUCUGAGCAUGUGAUUUUGUCAGAAGAGAAGGACACCAGGUCACAGUAUCCAGCUGUGGCCUCCGUGUCCAAGUGCUCUGUCUCACCACCCCUAAUGGAGCAGACUCCUGAGUGCCAGAGCCCCCUGCCUCCUGCUGCUACCCUGAAACACAUGGUCCUCUCAGAAAAAGAGGGUCUUCCAAGUCAGCCUCUCAUACCAGAUUCAAAAUUGACUCCCAAACCUGAAGUCCUCCUACAUGCAACACAGGAAUCCCAAAAGAAAAUAACUGAUGAAGCUCCCCAGUUCAAAUCAGAGGGCAUUUCUGAGCACAUGACUCUGUCAGAGACAGAGAAGGAAAGCACUGGACCAUGUGCUCCAGAUGUGGCCACUGCAUCUGAACGUUUUCUCCCACUAGACACAGACAGGACACCUGGGUACCAGCCCUCACCGCCUGCUGCUACCCUGCAACACGUGGUCCUCUCAGAGAAAGAGGACCUCCCAAGCAAGCCUCUCAUAUCAGACUCAGAAUUGACUCCCAAAUCUGCAGUUCCCCUAAAUGCAACACAGGAAUCUGAAAAGAAGACAAUUAAUGAGAUGCCCCAGUUCAAAUUAAAAGACAGAUUUGAGCACAUGAUUCUGUCAGAAACGGAGAAGGAAGAUGUUGGCCCAUAUUCCCCAGAUGUGCAGGUCCCUGCACCUGAAGGCUCUCCGCUGCCCCAGACACCUGAGAUGACUUCUGAAUACCAGGCCCCACCACUUCCAGGCACCCUCUCUGAACAUGUGGUCCUAUCGGAAGAAGAGACCACGGAAAUGAAGCGGUGUUCACCUUCUUCCGCAUCUGCUUCUGAGUUUUCCAUACCACCGCAUGCAACACCAGAGUCCCAGGAAGAAGAAAUUGUCCAAAGAUCCCCUCUACACCUCAAAGGUGCCUCAUCACCCAUGAAUUUAUCAGAACAAGAAGACAUUGGCCCCUUUUCUCCAGAUUCUGCAUUUGUGUCAGAAUUCUCAUUUUCGCCCAGUCCAACUCAGGAAGCAGAAAAAAGAGAAUCUGAGUGUGGUUCCCCAGUGUGUUUAACAUCGCCUUGUGAACACAUGGUUUUGUCGGAUGAAGAUACCGAAGAUGCUGGACUUUUUUCCUCAGACUCAGCAUCACAAGUUUCGGUCCCACCAUACAAAAUUCCAGAAACAGAAAUGAAUGAAAGUGAGCCAGAGUCCAUCGUAACUACAAGGUCUGCUUCAGGAUUCUCUUACUUUUCAGAAGCAGAUGAGGAAGAGCUUGGAUCGACAGCUGCGACACCCAUCCCUGAGGAUUUUGAUUCAUCAGAGCAGCAGAAAGCUGAGCCUUGUCCUGCCAUGUCUACACCCGAAGACCUGAGCCUUCCAUCCUCAGGAGACAAAGCCACCAGUGCAGCAGCUGGGACAGAUGUUCAAACAUUCUCGACAUCUGUAUCAGAAUAUUUCAUUUUGGCACAACAACAGAAAAGUCAAGCACCUCUGGAGCCUGAGGCUGAAGAUCUAGUUUCGUUAUAUUUAACCAAUAGAUCAGAGCAGGAAGAAAUGAAGGCUAAUUCAUCGGCAGUUGCAACCCAUGCUGCUUCAAAUGUACAAUCAUCCCUGGCAAAGGAAGAAACCAAACCUGUUUUGCCUGUGCCUCAGUAUUCAGUUUCACUUGAUUCGAUCCAUGCAACUAAGAAAGAACAGGAACCCAAAGCGUCACUCACUCUGAAAGCUGCAGAUGAACAGAUGGCUUUGUCAAGAGUCAGAAAGGAAGAAGCUGUGCCCGAUUCUCAAGAAGCUAUAGCACAUGUGUCACAGGAUCAAAAACUGGAGCCUCAGCCUCCAAAUGUUCCAGAGUCUGGGACAAAAUAUUCAGUUUUGCCCGAGUUGGUAGAUGAGCCAAAGAAGGAUGUCAAGCUCAGUUUAGCUCCAACUGUGCCUUCCGAGCUAGAACAGACCUUGUUGUCAAAGAAUGAGCCUGAAGUAGUCCAAGCAUACUCGCCUCCAAGGGAAAGCUCUAUAUCUGGACCUGAGGUCUUAUCUGGAGUGAACACGGAAGUGAGACAUGAUUCCAAAAUAGCAAGAGAGCUUCAUUCAGCCUCAUCCAGAGCACAAAAGGGAGUUGAACAUGGUCCACCUACACCAACACUUUCAGCUUUGUCGGAAGAAAUAAAGAAAGAAAUGGAACCCAGCUCCUUGACAACCACAUCUGUAACUAAAUGUGAUUCAAACUUAACCACAUUAGUAAAAGAUAUCCCCACAGGUCCAUCUCCUGCCACUCCUGUAGAAGAACAUCUAGUCUCAACAAGAGCAGGGAAGGGUGAGUUGGGAAGUGGUUUGCCAGCAUUCCGCAAGGGUAGAGAUGAGCAUUCCAUUCUCAAAGAAGAGGAAAAGUUAGCAAUUACAAGUACUUCUUCUCAAAUUGAAGCUUCUUCAUCCAAAGGUUUGGUUCCAUCAGAAGUGGAGGAGGAAACCAAAAUAGAUUCACCUCCAAGUGUGUGCUCUAUCGCAGAGCACUCUAUCUUGUCAACAGUAGACACUGAAGAAGUGCAAUCUAGCUUGCUAGUAAACCAAAUGUCAUCUCCUCAGCUUUCAGCUGUGUCUGAGGGAGUGAGUGGAAAAGACAAACAAGGUCUUUCAUUAUCUGUGGCCCUUGACUCCACACAUGUGGUUUCAUCACAGGGAAAAAACUCGGUUUCUACCUCAGAAGUAUCAAGGCCUGAACCUGUUCUUUCAUUCAGCCUGGGGAGUGGGACUGAGAAAGAAGAAACUAGACUUCUGUCAUCACACACUGUGUCACCUGCACCUAAACAUGUAGUUCCAAGAGACAAGAAUGAAGUGAUGACAAGUUCUUCCCCCGAGUUUGAGAACUUAGUGUCGGAAGACUUAGUCCCAACACCACAGACCCUUGGGGAUGAUAAGAACAAACAAGUAUGGGAUACAACUUCUGCAGUUCAUGGGGAUUUUCUGUUGGGAAAAGAAGAUCUUGCUCCAGCAGAGCUCCCUUUGGAGUCUGAGAAGAAAGACAAGCUGCACCAACUAUCAGAACUAUCAAAGGCUGGGUCAGAACUCACUGGUGGUUUAGGCAGACAGAGUGAACCUGUAGACACAGAACCAGUAGCAUCUCUUAUAACAGAUACAGAAGGUUCUAUUUUGGAAAAGGGCCUAGCUGAGCUUAGGAGCAGAGGAGAAGAAAAUGAAGAAAACAGGGAACUUUUUGUGUCUGCUACAGAACCAUCAAAGAUUGCUUCUUUUGACCUCCAUGCAGAACAAAAGAAGCCUGAAAAAAUGCUUUCUUCAGAUCAAGCUGUUGAUUUGUCUGAUGCGAGCACCUCAUGUGAAGAUAAGCCAGAUCUAAAUAUUGAACAGUUGCCAUCCAUGAAAGAGAACUUGCCUUGGGAGCAGUCACAGUCAUUUGUGACCCCUGAGCCUGAGCCGCUGGAAUCCUCCAGCCCCAUUGAUCUGCUCAUACGGCAGCUCCAGGCUGCUCCGUCAGAUGAGGGCCGCACAUAUGAAAUUGGGAAGCAGGUUCUGCCCCCAGCUAUGGAAGAAUCUCAUUUGCCAUUAGAAGAACCAGCAUCCACUCCUGGUACUUCUGAGGGUAAUACAGAAACCUUAUCAACUGAAACUUACUCUUUUGAAGAAAUAAAGGUGGUCCAAGAAAUAAAGUCUCUGGGUCCAGCUGGAAAUUUAGAAAGAAAUACACAGAAGGGGCAUAUCCAUCCUUUCAUGGAGAGUGAAAGUUUUAUAUUGGAGAGAACAGACACUGACUUUUCCAGGCCUUCCAAAGAAGGCAUCCAGGAAGAAGUCAAACCACCUCCUGAAGCACCUACCCAGGAACCAGUGUCUGGCCCAUCAGCAGAACCAGUGAAGUUGGAAACCACCCCCUCUCCUGUCAAAGCACCCCAUUUCCUUGUGGAAGCUGUGGAACCUGCACUGUACAGUGAGAAAGAAGCACACAGGGACACUCCCCCAGAGAAGCCACAAGAAGAAUCGAAAAUGGUUCCGUCAAAGAUUAUAGAUGAGGAGGCCAAGGGAAGGAAAUCAGUGCCUGAGGUGAAGAUACUCACCCAAACAAAACCCAUCUGCUCAACCCAGGCCGGAGAAGACCAUCAACCCCCAGAGACACCUGAAGUCACGCAGCACCUGCACGAGAAGCCAAAGGUGGCUGAGCAAAGGCUCCCUGAGGAAAAGGGGAAGAAAGGACUUUCCUCUUUCAAAUCAUGGAUGUCCAGUUUACUUUUUGGGUCAAGCACCUCAGAUGCCAAAGUUGCUGAAAAAGAAGAUUUAGAUACCCAACAAAGUCUCUCUGUAGAAAAAGCAGUGACUGUGAUAGAGCCUAAAGGUAAAAUUCCUGCUGAUUUUAAUGCAACAGAGAAACCAGCUAACCAUUCAUUACCAGAGGUGUCUAGCGAAGAUUAUAGGAAGAAUGAAAUCCCGGACUCUUCGGAGAAAAUGGGCAUAAACUUAGUUACUUCUGCAGAUAGUGAGGAACAUCUCAGAAUUCAACCGGAUAAGAGAUUGGUUAUGGAGGAAACAAAAAAUAUUCCUUCUCAUGUUACUGAGAGUAAAAGAUACCAGAAGCCCACAAUAGCUCCUCCAACUAACUGGAAUAUUUCUAUUCUUAGAAAAGGACCAAGUGGUGAUGAAAAGGAAAAAUCAUUUUCAUUUGACGUAGUAGAUAAGAUGUCACAACAGCUAAAGACAGAUUCGUUCAACUUCACAAAUAAAAAUAUCAUGAAGGAAUCAGAGAAGCCAGAGCCAAUAAAUUUACCAGUAGAAGAAUCAAAAGGCAGUUUAAUUGAUCUUGGUGAGGACAGAUUAAAGACAGAAGUUCCCAAACUGACUUCCUUGAAACUUUCUGAAGAGGAAGUAAAACUCAGGCCCGUCAGCCCAAAGGAGCAGAAAGGUAACUUGGAAACUGGAUCAUGCACCUUAGCAGAAAAGAGUGACCUGGCAGACAGACAAGAAGUAGCGUUCCCCUUAGAGCUCAGACAAAAUAAAGAGUUAGUGAAAGCACAAAUGACACAAGAAUAUAGACCUAUUACAUUAGAAGAAUCAAAGAUUGCUGCUAGGCUGGAGCACAUCUAUCCAAAAGAAGACCAUAAGGAAAGAGCCAAAAUUAUUGUUUGUUCUGAGGAGAAAGGAGAAGAAAAAGAAAAGCAGGCACAGGUAUUUUGGGAAGAAAAGAAGGAGCAGGAAGAUCAGCCUUAUUCUCUGAAUGUGGCCAGGUGUGUACCUGAAGAGCCAGUCAUCUCUCCUCUUCAUUCUUUGGGUGACGCACAACCAUUUUCAUUCAUUAAAACAACAGCAGUUACUGAAAAACCAGAAAGUGUGCUUUCAGAGGCUCACCCAGGAAUCAAGGAAAGAAAGGUAUUAGAAAGCCAGCCACAUCUGUUAGAAGAAAAUGAAAGUUUUGUGAAGAAAACAAAGACUUUGUGCCCAGUGAAUCUUCCUUACCAUGAUGAAAUAGAUAAGCAUCCUUCACCUCUGGAAGAAAAUCUGGUAUUAGAAAAGCCAAGCAGAGAUAUAGCGGGUCACAGAGAGGAAAGAGGUCACAGUGUCACAGUGUCACAGCUGUGCACAAGUGGCUUAGUAGCCACCACAAAAGAAAGCAUGAGGCGAGCAUCUCCAUCUGAAGAACCUGAAAGGACUGUGGGUCAUCCUUCUGAUGAUAUGGAAAGCUUAGAAAUGCCACUUUAUUUACGGUCAUCUGUAAAACCACAAACUCAUGUUCCAGGAGUUUGUCCAGAAGUUAACACAGAGAAGAAACAAGAAAUGCCAUGGUCAGAGUUGACUCCAGGUCAUCCUACAGUCCACACUAUUCAGACAUCUGAAGAUCAUCCAUCUGAGAUGCUGAAGCAACCUGUUCUGGUUUCAAAGCACUCCUUGGAGACUAUGGAAGAUGCCCACAUAAAUAAACCAGUCUCUUCAGCAGGGAGCAACUAUGCUCAAUUUAUAAUUAGUGCAUCAAGAAGCACAGCUGAUGAGAUGGUUAAAGAAAUGUCCACGGAGCCUGAAGACACAUAUGCAAGAGAUGUAGAAUCCACAGUGACCAGUAAACCAGCUGGCCUUUCACAAGAUCAGAAGAGUGCCUUCAGUAUAAUUUCUGAAGGGUGUGAGAUAUUGAAUAUUCAUGCACCUGCCUUUAUUCCUUCAGUGGAUCAGGAAGAAUGCGAAAAAAUGCAAGAUAAGUUAGAGUAUUUAGAAAGCAAAACUGCAAUAACCCUUCAUGAUGAUAGUGAGGCAAUUGUUCGCCACAAAAUGUUACAGAGAAAUUUAGAAGAUUCUGGUGGAAAAGUUACACAAUUGAAGGAGAAUGAAGAAAAGGGAGCUCAUGUUACAAAAGAGGAGCUAUCCUUGGACUCAGACACUGGUGACUUAGCUUUUAUUCAGCCCACAAUUCCCAGUGAAGAAGAUUACUUUGAAAAAUAUACUUUGAUCGAUUAUAACAUCUCCCCAGACCCAGAAAAACAGAAAGCUCCGUGGAAAUUAACUAUGAAAGAGGUGCUGUCAAAAGGAGCUACAGGAGAAACACUCACUUUUCCAGAAAGUCCACAAGAAAGUUCUCUAGAACAUGCCUAUGACCUAGUGAAAUUAGAUGAAAGUUUUUAUGGCCCAGAAAAGGACCACAGCCAGUUAUCUCAGCCAGAGAUGGAAAAGUCUUUGGUUACCCAACACUCAGCUGACAGAAAUGCUUCAAAGAGCAUAAAUAGGGAUGUAGACUCCAGGUUGCCUGGGAUGCCUUUAUUUGAUACGGAGGAAGGGGUUUUAUCCAGAGCCCAGAUAUUUCCGACCACUGUCAAAGCUGUCAAUCCUGAACUCCUGCAGGAGCCACCUGCACUUUCAUUUCUAUAUAAGGAUCUGUAUGAGGAGGCAGCUGGGGAGAAGCAGAAGGAAGAGGAGAGAGCUUCUGAAGGUGACAGUGUGAGUUCUGAGGCACCAUUUCCAUGCAGAGAUUCUGACACUGAUGAUGGAACGGGAAUGUAUUUUGAGAAAUAUACACUCAGAGAUGACAUUCUCCAUGACACAUCUGUAAUGCAUAAGGACCAAGGCCAAGGUCUAGAAGAAAAACCAGUUGGUAAGAAUGAUUCAUACCAACUGAUAGAUACAGAAGAGGAAAUUUGGAGGAAAUCUGGAACUAUUUGGGAAAAGAGUCUGGAUGAACAGAAGGCUAUUUACAGGGAAGGAGAAGCUGUGGGCCAUGUGGAGACCUCUGAUGACACAGCAGUGCAGGCAGCUCCCAUCACUGAGGAGGUCAGUGUGGUUGUCCAGAAGAUAAGCUAUGCGGUUCCAUUUCAAGACGACCGCAAUGUUCUGGAGAGUAUAGCUGAGGUGAGCACUCAGGGUCAUGAGGCAGGAAACACUAGUCCAGAGGUCAGUCAGAAUGUCCCAACACAAGUGUCUUUCACAGACGAAGCGUUUGCAUCAAGUGCAGCUUAUAUUCCAGAAACACCCCAAGAAGAACCUCAAGUACUGGUCUCACCCACUCCAAGUGAACAGCGGUUCCGAAACAGCCCUGUGCAGGAUGAGUAUGAGUUUGCUGAACCCCUGAGUUAUGAAGUGGUUAGUCAGGACAUUCUACCAGAUGUGCCAUACUCAGACUCUGCAAACGAAGAUGUGUUGUCUCACGGGAAGGAAUUCUUUGAGCACAUUAGGAAAUGUGAAUUUCUCUCUGAGGCAGAACAGACUGUGUCUGCUGACCAGAGUGAGUUGGGCAGAAGGAGGACAGAACAAGACCAGUUGUCAUCAGAGUUAGUGACUGAGAAGGCACAAAAGGAACCAAAGAAGACCCAGAUUGACACCUAUUGCUACACCUGCAAAAGCCCAGUUUCCACAAUGGACAAAGUGUUUGGCACCCACAAAGAUCAUGAGGUUUCGACGCUUGACACAGCUAUCAGUGCUGUUAAGGUUCAAUUAGCAGAAUUUCUUGAAAAUUUACAAGAAAAAUCCUUGAGGAUUGAGGCCUUUGUUAGUGAGAUUGAAUCUUUUUUUAAUACCAUUGAGGAAAGCUGCACCAAAAAUGAGAAGAGGCUAGAAGAACAGAAUGAGGAAAUGAUGAGGAAAGUUUUGGCACAGUACGAUGAGAAAGCCCAGAGUUUUGAGGAAGUGAAGAAGAAGAAGAUGGAGUUCCUGCAUGACCAGAUGGUUCACUUUCUGCAGAGCAUGGACACCGCCAAGGACACCCUGGAGGCCAUUGUGAGGGAGGCUGAGGAGCUAGAUGAGACUGUCUUCCUGACAUCAUUUGAGGAAAUCAAUGAAAGGUUGCUCUCCGCUGUGGCGAGCACGGCUUCGCUGGAGCACAUGCCGGCUGCCUUCUCGCUGUUCGAACAUUAUGAAGACGCCACAGCCAGAAGUGACCAGAUGCUAAAACAAGUGGCUGUCCCACAGCCUCCAAGAUUAGAACCUCAGGAACCAAAUUCAGCUACAAGCACAACAAUUGCAGUUUACUGGAGCAUGAACAAAGAAGACAUUAUUGAUUCCUUCCAGGUUUACUGCAUGGAGGAGCCACAGGAUGACCAAGAAGUAAAUGAGUUGGUAGAAGAAUACAGAUUGACAGUGAAAGAAACCUACUGCAUUUUUGAGGACUUGGAACCUGACCGAUGCUAUCAAGUGUGGGUAAUGGCUGUGAACUUCACUGGCUGCAGCCUGCCUAGUGAAAGGGCAAUUUUCAGAACAGCUCCCUCAACCCCUGUGUUUCGAGCCGAGGACUGCACUGUGUGUUGGAACAUGGCCACCAUCCGAUGGCGGCCUGCCAACUCGGAGGCCACGGAGUCCUACACCGUGGAGUACUGUAGACAGCACUCUCCAGAGGGCGAGGGCCUCAGGUCUUUCUCUGGAAUUAAAGGACUCCAGCUGAAAGUGAAGCUCCAACCCAACGUUGAUUACUUGUUCUAUGUGAGAGCCAUGAACGUGUUUGGGACGAGUGCACAGAGCGACACUGCCCUCAUCUCCACCAGAGGAACCAGGUUUCUGUUGUUGAGAGAGACAGCUCAUCCUGCUCUGCAGAUCUCCUCUGACGGGACGGAAAUCAGCUUCACUGAGAGGAGGCGGCUGACGGAAAUCCCGUCGGUGCUGGGUGAAGAGCUGCCCGCCUGCGGCCUACAUUACUGGGAAACUACGGUCACCAACUGUCCUGCUUAUCGACUUGGUAUCUGCUCCAGCUCGGCUGUGCGGGCCGGGGCGCUGGGACAGGGAGAGACCUCGUGGUACAUGCACUGCUCAGAACCACAGAGGUACACAUUUUUCUACAGUGGCAUCGUGAGUGACGUCCAUGUAACCGAGCGCCCUGGCCGUGUGGGCAUCCUGCUGGACUACGCCGGCCAGAGGCUUGCGUUCAUCAACGCGGAGAGCGGGCAGCUGCUCUUCCUUGUGCGGCACAGAUUCAGUGAGGGCGUUCACCCGGCCUUUGCCAUGGAGAAACCUGGAACGUGUACUUUGCAUCUGGGGAUAGAGCCCCCCGAUUCUGUAAGGCACAAGUGAUCUUAGCUUCCGCAGCGUGUGAGAGAAAGACCUUCGGGGUCUGUGGUUCUCUCUCUCAGGUGCUGUACCUUACUCAGAAGGUCUCUCACACACUUGCACUCAGGACAGCUGGACACACAGCGGUCAGCACACAAGCGAAUGGCAGAGCAGAGCACACUUCAGGAGCGGGGAAAGGACAACCUCCAUUACUUCUGAGUUCUUUCCCAGGUUGAAAGGACUUACACUUGCCCUGAGAAACAAAAAUAGAGAAGUGAGCUUCCUCUGUUUUAUCCUGCCAGAGCUCCUCCUCCUAGAUCAGCAACAGGGAGGGGCUUCCUAGCGAUCCUCUCCUCCAGUGGGGCGUGGGCUUUUUAGAACUUGUCACUGCACUUCACUAAAGGGCAGCGAAUCCUUAAUCAUUAGAGAAAGUGUUCUAGUUGAUCUAAAUUUAUAAUUAACUCUUUUGUAAUAAUGUAUACUGUAGAAUGUGAGUCUUACUUUCCAGAAAUUUUAAAUGUAGAAAGCACUAGACAUUACAAAUGUCUAUUUUGUUAAAUAAAUGGUUAGUCUUAUAAAACAAAA